AUGGACCCCAAUGGAUUGUGUGAGUCAUUUCUUGUAGCUGAUAGGCUUAUUAAUGGUGAAAAGGCCUAUACUACAAUCGAGGAACUUAGCAAACAACCAAAAUUCUAUCAACAUUGUCGUAACAGAAAUUGUGCAACAGAUAUCGAUAAAAUUGCUGCUUUGAGCACGUAUUUAUUUUUGGGUAUCAAUGCACUUAAUAACAACGAAAAUACAGAAUAUUUUUUGAUGUGGCUAAGUGAUAAAUUAUUUAGGAUGCACACCAAAGGGAAAACAAAACGGCAAAUCAAAAAAAUUACUUUAGAUGAGGCUUAUAAGAUGUAUUUAGAGAAAGAUAUGGGAAAUUUUAGAUAUUGGAAUCUUUUAGAUAAUGUAAUGGGUUUGAAAAAUGCUAAUCUUAGACAUAUGAACGAAUUUUAUAAGUUACUUAACCAUAUAUGUAAAACAAUUAUAUAUCUUAAACAUGGUUAUACCGAAUCUACAGACCUUCUCCAGAACUCUACCAAUAGUUUUAAUCAAUAUAUGCUCCUUUAUCAAAAUGUUUCUAAGUGUAAUUCAUAUCUUCAUUUAUUGGAUAAUUUAAAAAAAACAUAUGAAAAUUUUAGAACUAUUAUUAAGAAAGAUUAUCCAAGUUUAGCAAUUUAUCUCCAAACACUUACAACGAUAGAACAUGCCGAUUCAUAUUUUGCGAAAGAUUUUAAAAAAUUUGACUUCAGUGAUUCAAAAUGUAAAUCACGAUAUGAUUAUAAAAUAUUAGACAAAUUUACGCAAGCCAAAACUCAAGGGAAGCAAAAAGAUAAUGGAACAAAUGGGGAUAGCAAUAAUCAAAGCAGUCAACCACAAUUUUCAGGAGAUCAAACACCAAGCCCCCCCGUGGAAACAGGAGAUUCACCAAGUAUGCCUGAUAAUGGAGCAGAUACAUCAGGAGGUAUAAAUAUUUCAGUAGGCGAUACUCAAAACAAAACAAACCCUAAAGGAAAUGAGCAAAAAGAUUCAGGGGGUGACACAAGAAAUCAAAAGAGUCACCCAAGUAAUCCAAUCAAUCCAAACGACGACACCCCAAUUUCAGGUACCAAUCAAGGAGGUGAACCAGGAGAUGGAUCGGUUGAUAAAUCAAAUGGUGUUCAAAUAAAUCAAGGAGGAUCAGAAAGUUCAAAUGAUGGAACAAGAAAUACAGAUAAUAAAUCAUCAAAUGCAGGCAGGGCACAAGGGGAUCAAGGAAAUUCUGUUGAUGGAUCAGGUAGUGGAUCAAAAGGUCCAGAUAGUGGUCCAGGAACAUCAGAAACUCAAAGUACGUCAUGGUCAUUUUUUGGUAUUGGGUCAUACAUUUCUACGAUCGCAUCAAAAGGCAAGGAACAAUUAAAUAAUGCUGUCACUUCGCUUGAAACGAUUAAAAAAAAAGUUACAGAAACCACGAAUACUCUUCAAAAUUUAUAUAGUAGAUCUGUGUCUAAUAUACAAGCUGCUUACGACAAAUCGAGGAGUUUAUUAUAUGACGCUAUUGAUAAUAUAAAUAGCUAUUCUAAACAAAUAGGCAAUAUUUUUAUACAAAAUGAUGAUCACUCAGGAUCAGAUGACACAAAGAACGGAUUACCCAAAUCUAAUGACCCAUCACAAACCUCAAUAGAUCCACCAGCAAUUAUACCUCCAGAUCUAUCAAAUCCACAAAAUCAAGCACCAACUCCUCCACAAUAUCAUCCACCACCAACAUCACCACAACUUCCUUCGCUACCAAAUUCAUCGCCAAUCCUACCACUAGAUCCAUCAAAAGAUCCAUUACAACAAAAACAAUCACCUCCCCAAUUGCAAUAUAUCACACAGCAGCCUACACAAACCAAUUCAUCUAAUCAACAAACAGUUGUUCAAUUGUUAAAAUUACCAAAUUCUGACCCCAUUUCGAGAGCCCCCUGGAAUAUAAUUCCAUCUACAUGGAAUGGAUCAGGGGAUUGUAAAUCUAAAAUAAAUUUGAUGAGUGCCACAUUAUUGUGUUGCACAUCUGAGCAGUGUAGUUUAACUGGAGUUUCGGUUACAUUUAUUUUAAUACCCAUUAUUUUAUUAAUUGUCCAUAAGUAUUUGUCAUCUGUAUGGAGAAAGGAAAUAAAGAGAAAAAAAAACAUGAAAAAGGUUAUAAAUUCAAUUGGGGGAAAAAGACCGAUGAAAAUAAUUAUAAAAUCAGUUGAUAUGAAAAAAAUGGAAACUUCUGUUAUAAACCUCGUUCGAAGAAAAAAAAAAUCACUAUUAAAUAUAUACAAACUUAUGCAGGCAGAUCCUGUACCAUUUAUUAAUUUAUUUUUUUUGUUGAUUUUUUUUGUUUAUAAAAGAAAGCGCGAUUUCAUAGAAUUAUAA